GAGUCGUGUUGAUGAUGUCACUGUGCAGCGAGGUCAGCGUGUACGAGUUCAUCCCGUCCGAGCGCCGCAGUGACCUCUGUCAUUACUACGAGCGUUACCGUGAUGCCGCCUGCACGCUGGGCGCGUACCACCCGCUGCUCUACGAGAAGCUGCUGGUCCAGAGGAUCAACGGGGGCCCUGGGGCCCAGCUGAGGACCAGGGGCCGCGCCACGCUCAGGGGCCUCCGGACGCUCCGCUGCGGACUGUGA